AUGAACGCAACGCGUUGGUUUCCCAAGUGGUCCAGUGGCCAACUGGCCGGAACGUCAGCUCCUCAUCCUCCGCCCUUCUUGCCAAAGCCUUAUCGUCUUCAUCUAUCGCUUGUCCAGUUGGCCAAUCCUCUUCGCUUUGUUGGUCAGCUCUGUAAACAAUUGGAUUCCAAGCUCUCGGAGUCUUCUCCGAUCGAUCAGUUUAGAGCAGGAAAUGAGGUUUCUCGCCCUAAUAAGUCAGAGGCAAGAGGUUUCGACACGCUCGUGUGUGAACAGGUGGCUGUGAACAUGGGCCAAGACGCAACCUAUCCAACCUAUGAUAGCGUACCAAAAGGUUUGGCAUUUACAUGUCAGUCAAGGCCUCCAGGUUACUACGCAGAUCCCGAAGCUCAAUGCCAAGUCUGGCAUUGGUGCCUGCCCUCCGGAGCGAUGUACUCCUUCCUUUGCCCCAACGGAACAGUGUUCAAUCAGGCCGUCCGCGUCUGCGAUUGGUGGUUCAACGUAGAUUGCGCCACCUCUCCGGACAGGUACAGCGUCAACGACGACCUCUAUAAGGAUUCUAAGGGAAACUACAUAUGAUCAGUCUACCUCUUCUCACCGACAGAAUGCGCUCAAUACUAAAAUAAGUGGCGGCUCACAGCCACUCGCCCAGAAGGCAAUAACUGAUAAUAAUAACAGAUAUAUUAAUUUAUUUCAUGAGGAUGUAAUGGUGUGUUUAUAGAAGGACGAUGAUGUGUAUAAUAUCUAUCGAUGGUAAUUUGUAUGUUUUUGUAUAUAUUACAUAUUUGUAGAAUUUCUUAUUCGUUUUCAUUAAGUGCAUGUACGACAACUUUUAGCAUACAUAAAACAAUUCAACAAUCAAAUUAAAUUGAAAUAAGUACAAAAAAAAAUUAAAAUUAUUGAAAUAAAACAAAAAUAAAAUAAACCAAAUGAAGGAAAGAAAAAAAAAGUUAAUAAAAUACUAUAAGAAUAAAAUAAAGAAUAUAAGAAAAAUAAUUAUUUAUGGCACAUAAAAAUUAAUUUUUUUUAAAAAAUAGAACAAAAAAUUAAAAUAAAUUAAAGAUCAAAACGAAAAAAUAAUAAAUAAAAAUAUCAAACAAAUAUAUUUAAAAAAACAAUAAAAUAAUUAAUACUAAGAACUCAAAUUUAUUGUUUGUAAAUUUUGCAUUAAAAGUAGAAAAAUUGUAAAACUCAAUAAAGUAAUAACUCAACAAAAAAUAUUUUCUGACAUUGCUAUUAAAAAUAAUAGUACUGAAGACUGGAAAUAACUGAUACUUUAAAUAUUAAAGAUAAAUUAUUUUAAUUACGGUAUAUAUAUAUUAAUAAAUAUAUUCUAAUUUAUAAUAAUUCUUACUAAAUUAUUACUCAAUGUAUAAGUAAGAUUAUAAAAACAAUCUAAACCAUUUUUUUUUAUAUUAAUAACAAAUUAAUCAAAGAUUUUUUUAAAAAUAAUUAUUUCAUAGGAAAUAGCUUAUGUAAAUAUGAUAUAAAUAUAACAUGAAUUCCUUAUGGAAAUAAUAACAAUAAAUGAGUACCAAAGAUAGCUAGUUUUUUUCUGUUUGCAGACGAAAAAUAUUAAAUAAGUAUAUUUAGAAAAAAACAACAAAAUAUUUAAGAAUAGGAACUCAAAUUUCUUGCGUGUAAAUUUAGCAUUAAAAGUAUAAAAAUCAAUAAAAUAUAGAAGUUAUACAAAAAUUAAUAGAAUUGAAGAACAGAAAAAACUUAAUACUCAAAAUAUAAGUGUGAAGUUACUUUAAUUAGAUAACUUAUGGUAUGAGCUAAACGUAUUAUACUGUAUUAUAAUUCGUAUUGAAUUAUUUAAUCUAUGUUAUAGUAAGAUUAAAAAAAAAAAAACAUUUCAAAACAAUUAUUUUGUUUAAGCCAUUAAUGCAUAGUUAUGUAAAUUACAAAUUAAUCACAUAUUUUUUUUAAAUUAAUUUUUUCAUAUGGCUAUAUAGCUAAUAUAAAAUCAAUCUCUUACAUACAUGAUAAGAAUAAAUGAAUACCAAAGAUAAUUAAUUUUUUUUUGUUUAAUUAAAAAAAGAAAACUAUAUCACAUGUUUAAAUAUUAUAUAGAGAAAAAAUAAUGUAUGCAAAAUAUUUUUUUAUAUUUGUAAAAAAAAGUAAAUAUAUUUAUUGACACAAAUGAGCAUGUGUUAAAUUGUACUAUAUUUUUAUAAUUGUAAAUCAAAAAUAUUUUAUACGUUUGUGUAUUUUGUAAUAAAGAUUAUAAGUCACCCACCUACCCACCAUUAUUUUCC